GUUUGUGUCUUUUGUGUAUUUAAACAUCAAAUUUUUUUUGGUGUUUGUUUAAUCAUCUAUUUUCCGCUAUGUUUUAGCCGCUAUUUAACAACACUGCUUGAUGAUAGCAUUGGUGCCCUCAUUGUCUCUCUCUUCUCAACCCUAAUUUCGUGAGUCUCUCUUAUUGAUGGAAUGCUUGGUUUGAGUCAUGGUAAUUUUACUUUGGUUUCGUUCUACUUUAUGAUAUACUUACAUAUUGAAUUUAAAGGUGAUAUAGUGUUUGGACCUUUGAUAGCUAAUGGUUAUGACCUAUGCUUGACAACUCCUUUGCACUCUAAUGUAUUCAACUGUAUAUAAUCCAUACAGCUUGCCCCUGUUUGUUGUGCCAAUGCAAUUAGACACGAAAACUAAUUUGCCGUUUAAUUUUUCAGAAAAUGUUCAAUGGUCAAUCAGUUAAAUACUGGUUAAUGCGUUAAAUUCUCAAGGAAUGUGCAAGAUAGUGUUGCACGUGGUUUCUGUCGGCGAUCAUCUGAUAUGCAGGUAACCUAAAAAGGAUAUGUAUUUAACUAAACAUGUAUUUAAGAUGAGCAAGCAGUACCUUGCAAAUGUUGCUUUGAAAAUCAAUGUGAAGGUUUGGGGUAGGAAUACAGUGCUUGGUGAUGCACUUUCUCGACGCAUUCCACUAGUUAGUGAUAGGCCUUCGAUCAUUUUUGGCGCUGAUGUUACUCAUCCACACCCUGGAGAGGACUCAAGCCCAUCAAUAGCAGCUGUUGUUGCUUCUCAAGAUUGGCCUGAAAUUACCAAGUAUGCUGGAAUAUCUUAAUAAUAAUCAAUGAGUUGGAAUAUCUUUUAGAUCAUUCAAACAUACAAAAAUCAUGUAUCAGCAACCAGACUGGUGACAAUAAAAGCUGCCUGCCGAAGAUAAAGUAUCUCUCUUGACUUGAUUGAUUUUGUUUAAUUUUUAUAGGG